ACCAGCUGUUGGACUGCAGGUCUGCAGGUCUGAGGUGUUUCAGUCCGCAGGUGAUGCUUCAUGGAGCAGGUGCAGCGCCGGGAUUUGACGUGAUUCGUCUCAAAGGUUACGCACCGGGGAGGCUGCGCCGCUGCUGUUUGUUGUCACUUCCGGGCGAUUCAGUCGGUGAAUUAGCAGAUCACAUCGCCGGGUGGAGAAGGAGGAGAAGGAGGAGAAGGAGGAGAAGGAGGAGAAGUUCAUCGAUGCUUCGUGCGGGCAGGAUGGAGGAGUUUGUCACGGAGGAAGAGGAGCCAUGGUACGACCAGCGGGACCUGGAGCAAGAUCUGCACUUGGCAGCCGAGCUCGGCAAGACUCUCCUGGAACGCAACAAGGAGCUGGAGGACGCCUUACAGCAGAUGUACAUCAAUAAUGAGGAGCAAGUGCAGGAGAUAGAGUAUCUGUCCAAGCAAUUGGAAAUGUUGAGGGAAAUGAACGAGCAGCACGCAAAGGUGUAUGAACAGCUGGAUGUGACGGCCCGAGAGCUGGAGAUCACCAACGAGAAGCUGGUGCUGGAGAGCAAAGCCUCACAGCAGAAAAUAGACAGGUUAAUGGGAACCAUGGAGACGUUGCAGGGUCAGGUGGACAGUCUGACGUCUCGGGUGGAGGAGCUGAGGACUCUGGAGGAGCUGAGGGUCCGCAGAGAGAAGAAGGAACGCCGCAAGACGGUCCACUCGUUCCCCUGCCUCAAGGAGCUCUGCACUGCACCCAGGUAUGAGGACGGUUUCCUGUUGGCCAACCCGGGCAGCGUGGACCUCGCUGAGAGAAAGCCAGCUGAGGAGGAGAACGAGCGCCUGAGAGACAUCGUGUCCUCCCUGCGUGCAGCCAUGGCCUCCGAGCGGUCCAUGAGAGAGAGCGCUGAGCGGGAGUGCACCUCCGUGCUGCAGGAGUUUGAACGCCUCGAACAGCGUCUGUUAGGAGCAGAGGGCUGCCAGCUCCGGGUUCAGGAGCUCGAGGCUGAGCUCCAGGAGAUGCAGCAGCUGAGGAAGUCCAGGAUGUGUCUGAUCGGGGACAUGGAAGACGGCCUAGAGACGCUGCUCAGUAAUGGCCCCGAGACAGACACCCCAGAGGAGGUCACGGGGCUGGAGGAGGGAGGUGACGGAGAGGCCGGGGGCACGGGGCAGCAGGGAGGCCCAGUUAGAAAAAGCUGCAGUGACACAGCUCUGAAUGCCAUCUCGGCUCGAGACGCCUCAGGCAGGCGUCAGGGCAGCUACGCCCUCCACGCCAACGGCGUGCGCAAACGUGGCAUGUCAAUCCUGCGGGAGGUGGACGAGCAGUACCACGCCCUGCUGGAGAAGUACGAGGAGCUGCUGGGGAAGUGUCGGCGUCACGAGGAGAGCUUGUGCCACGCCGGGGUGCAGACCUCGCGCCCUGUCUCCAGAGACCCCUCCAUGAAGGAGUACAGCAUGAUCACAGCGGGGCCUUCAACAUCAGGGGCCGUCGCCACGCCUCCUACGCCCCCUCAAACUCCCUCCACACCUGAAGCUCUGGAGGGGAUCAGCAGGCAGGUGGAGCAAGUGGACAAGAGGCUCAGCCAGAACACGCCAGAGUACAAGGCGCUGUUCAAAGAGAUCUUCUCCCGCUUGCAGAAAACCAAGAGCGACAUGAACUCCACCAAGAGCAGGAAGAGCCAUAAAUGAGCUCUGGACACAGAGAUUUAUUUACCUCACUGUUUCGAAGGCGUCAUCACGCCUGUAGCCAUGAGGUCAGGUGAUAAAUGAAGCAUUCAAGGAAGGAAGGAAGGAAGCUACACUGAUUAAUUUGAAGCUGCCAAAUGUUACGAAUGAAAUGCCUUUUUCUGAGUGAGCGUAAUCAGUGUGGAAGGUGUCAGGACGCCGUGUGAUGUCUGACGUACUGACACAGAGAUGAUUUAACUAUUUAUUUAUGGGAACUAAUAAUUAAGUCAAAUUACAGCAUUUGCAGCAUGUAUCUAAUAAACACUAAGUGCUAAAUUGAUCUUUAAAAGCAGGUAGAGACUAAAAAACACUCAAGCUUUUGACCAGCUCGAGUGAUUAUUCGACUGUUUGUGUGCAAGACAGCUGCCAAAGUGUACCGUGCGUUCCGUGUUUGAUAUCCGUUCUUGUUUAUUACGACGUCCACACCUGGAGAGGUGGAGACGCCUCUGCGGUGCAUGCGUUAACGAGCUGCAGGGGAACGAUCUCUGUUUCAGGGAUAAUCGAUUUCUGCACUGUGCUAUCAUGUCAAAGUUAUUCCUGUAGUAGAAAAAGUUUUCUGUUCAUUAAAAUAAGAAACGUAUCGACCGUGUUCUGUUUUUGUGAAGCGCUCAGCGAGGCAGGUCGGACAGAAAUAGAAACUUUAAAUGGGAAUUUAUGUGAAUAAAUUAAAUAUAGUUGGGGACUAUUUUAGAAUAAUUUUGACUAAAACAACCAGAUUUCAUGCUAUUCCUCAAUCACAUGCACGUAGCACAGAUGAUCUCUAGAACCUGGAGGACACUUUGGAGGACAGCACUGUUGAAGCCACGUGGACGACAAAGUGAAGAAAGUUUUGAUUUUAUGGGGUAAAUAUAUUUGAUAUGUGGUAUUAAAAGCUUAAUGAAAAUGUAUUCAUACAGUAGACACAUUGACCACUUAUGAGACUUAUCUUAUGAUGCUUGCUGACCCACAUUUGCUAAAUUUCCACUUAAUUCACAUAAAUCUAAUAUUUCCAAAAUUCCCCAGCUUCCCAUGGAAAGUUUCUGGAAGUGCUCCUUUUUGCAACCGUAAACAAAAAUAAAAACAGGACACGUGCAGGCCCAGUCUGAACACUUUAAUGUGAACACAGGAGAUCAGUAAACUGUAGGUAAUACAAGUAGCACACAUUGAGUCAAACCCAGCCUCACAGAGAGAGAAACAUCAGCCCGUGACAGCUGAACGAAGCUGACUUCAUUCACAUACUUAUGGAGUGUAUAAUAACAGAACAAACACUUUUCUAUGGCAGGAUGUGUUUACCCAACAAUGUGUUUUUAUGAGGGGGGGGUUGGACUGAUGUCUCUGUACUGGUUUCACCUCACUGAUGUCGAGUCAGUGGGAGCAGCAUGUGGUUGUAAGAGACCGAGGCACAGUCAGCAUUGGUGAUUUUUUUUAAAACUCACGAGGUGAGCGGCUCAAACUUAGAGAACUCCUCGGACAACAACGCGGCCUCGGGGAAAUCCGUCAGCGCGACCUCGACUUGUAUUUACAGUUGUAUCAUGAUCUGAUUUCACUUCUAUUCUACGUACUGCAGUGAAAAACAAGGUGUGUAAAUAGAGAUAAUAUGAUCGAUAUCAACAAACGGUUUUUACAAACCUGAAAUAAAGGUGUUAAAAAGUCCUGUAGUAGUCCUGAUGCCCCAUGUAUUGUUAAAACGAGCUCACAUGAUAAUCUGAAGGCAAAUGGCUCAACUGGGUUGUCUCUCUUUCUUUCUUGUUAAGGCCGCAUGGCUGCUAAAAGACCCUGAUCAGAGGAGAGGAGCAGCCACGCCUAAAGUUUAAGGGGUCGCAACUGGUUAGAGGUAAUUUUGUUUGCCCCGUUCUCUCGGCAGAAGUCUUAGGCUGACGAAUCAUUUUCAAAAGAGGUACAAAUGAUCUG